CUCUCUGCAGGAAAGGCGCACAAACAGGAUGGGCCCGAGUUGAACCCGGGAUGAGCCAUCCCCGUAAAGAUUAGGAACAGGCACCUCCUCCGUCCGGCCGGGGCCUCUCUCAGAUGGCCAGGCACUGUCGCCAGCCCACCGUUUAGGUUGGGAGGGAGGGCGCCAGCGACUCCUCGCAGCUUGGGCGCCCCUGUUCCUCCUCCUCCUCCUCGUCCAGCCCUCCCGGGGCCUGUCUCCCAUGCCUCAGGUGUUCGCUCGAGCUAGGCCGAGAGCGCUUUCCUUUUUGGCCUGCACCUGGGAUAGCGUCUAGCCCGCAGCGGACCGCCAGCCCCGCGCGCAGAGCAGAGCGAGCGGACAGCCCCGGGAUCCCCCGCAGCGUGCACCGGCCACUGACCUACGGCGCCGGCGGCGGGCCUGUGCGCCACGCCCCCGGGGUUCGAAAGGCGCGGAAGCCCGUGCGGGGUUUCGGUGAAGUUGGAGCCUGGCGGCGCGAGGCUCCAGCCUGGGAUGCGGCGGCAGCUGCUUCCUGGUUUGAAGCUCACCGAGUGGGGGAGAGCGUGAGCCUGCGGAGGCGGGGGCAGGAGGAGGCGGGAGCAAAGGACGCUUGAGGCUGGAGCUAACCGGACGGGUCGCUCCGGCUCUCCGGGGAGAGGAGCCUCCCGGCUCUGGGGAAGGGGCGAGUCCUGGGCAAGCCCCUGGGAAGCACGGCGCGCUCGAGACGGACGGUGGGGCUCCCCCGGCGCGCUGCGAGCUCAGCGCGGGGCUCCCCUCCUUUCCACCUCGCGAAGGAGGGAGGGAGGGAAGGAGGGGAGGGGAAGGUCCCGCGGAGAAGACAGAAUGGCCCGGCGAGGGGGCAUCGGGCGCUGCUUUUCCCAGGAGCUGCCGCGAGGGAUGGCCUGAGCAGGGGCUCCAGACUCCCCCGCUGCGAGCCAGCGCGUCCCGCCGGGGACCGGGCAGCGGCGCCGGUAUGUCGUCUAGCACCAUGAAGUUCAAUGGCUACUUGAGGGUCCGCAUCGGCGAGGCUGUGGGGCUGCAGCCCACCCGUUGGUCCCUGCGCCACUCGCUUUUCAAGAAGGGCCACCAACUGCUGGAUCCCUACCUGACCGUGAGCGUGGACCAGGUACGCGUGGGCCAGACCAGCACCAAGCAAAAGACCAACAAACCCACGUACAAUGAGGAGUUCUGCGCCAAUGUCACCGACGGCGGCCACCUAGAGCUGGCCGUCUUCCACGACACUCCCCUGGGCUACGACCACUUCGUGGCCAACUGCACCCUGCAAUUCCACGAGUUGCUGCGCACCGCAGGCGCCUCGGACACCUUCGAGGGUUGGGUGGAUCUGGAGCCAGAAGGGAAAGUGUUUGUAGUAAUAACCCUAACAGGGAGUUUCACUGAAGCUACUCUCCAGAGAGACCGGAUCUUUAAACAUUUUACCAGGAAGCGCCAAAGGGCGAUGCGAAGGCGAGUGCACCAGAUCAAUGGACACAAGUUUAUGGCCACAUACCUAAGGCAGCCCACCUACUGCUCUCACUGCAGGGAGUUUAUCUGGGGAGUAUUUGGGAAACAGGGUUAUCAAUGCCAAGUGUGCACCUGUGUCGUCCAUAAGCGCUGCCAUCAUCUAAUUGUUACAGCCUGCACUUGCCAAAAUAAUAUUAACAAAGUGGAUCCAAAGAUUGCUGAACAGAGGUUUGGAAUCAACAUCCCGCACAAGUUCAACAUCCACAACUACAAAGUGCCAACGUUCUGUGAUCACUGUGGCUCCCUACUCUGGGGGAUAAUGCGACAAGGACUUCAGUGUAAAAUGUGUAAAAUGAACGUCCACAUCCGAUGUCAGGCGAACGUGGCCCCAAACUGUGGGGUGAACGCGGUGGAGCUAGCCAAGACUCUGGCUGGGAUGGGCCUCCAACCCGGAAAUAUUUCUCCAACCUCGAAGCUCGUUUCCAGAUCGACUCUAAGACGACAGGGAAGAGAGAGCACCAAAGAAGGAAAUGGGGUCGGGGUUAAUUCUUCCAACCGACUUGGUAUCAACAACUUUGAGUUCAUCCGAGUGUUGGGGAAGGGGAGCUUUGGGAAGGUGAUGCUUGCAAGGAUAAAAGAAACGGGAGACCUCUAUGCCGUGAAGGUGCUAAAGAAGGACGUGAUCCUGCAGGAUGAUGAUGUGGAAUGCACAAUGACGGAGAAAAGGAUCCUGUCAUUGGCGCGCAAUCACCCCUUCCUCACGCAGUUGUUCUGCUGCUUUCAGACCCCUGAUCGUCUGUUUUUUGUGAUGGAGUUUGUGAAUGGGGGCGACUUGAUGUUUCACAUUCAGAAGUCUCGUCGUUUCGACGAAGCACGAGCUCGUUUCUAUGCUGCAGAAAUCAUUUCGGCGCUCAUGUUCCUCCACGAGAAAGGCAUCAUCUACAGAGAUCUGAAACUGGACAAUGUACUGCUGGACCACGAGGGGCACUGUAAACUGGCAGACUUCGGAAUGUGCAAGGAGGGGAUCUGUAACGGAGUCACCACGGCCACUUUCUGUGGCACACCUGACUAUAUUGCUCCUGAGAUCCUCCAGGAAAUGCUCUACGGACCUGCAGUAGAUUGGUGGGCAAUGGGCGUGUUGCUCUAUGAGAUGCUCUGCGGUCAUGCGCCCUUCGAGGCCGAGAACGAAGAUGACCUCUUUGAAGCCAUACUGAACGAUGAAGUUGUCUACCCUACGUGGCUCCAUGAAGAUGCCACAGGGAUCCUGAAAUCUUUCAUGACCAAGAACCCCACCAUGCGCUUGGGCAGCGUGACUCAGGGCGGUGAGCAUGCCAUCUUGAGACAUCCUUUCUUUAAGGAAAUAGACUGGGCCCAGCUGAACCAUCGCCAACUAGAACCACCUUUCAGGCCCAGAAUCGUAAGUGUCCAAGACCAUCAUGGUAGACUUUCUUUUUCUUAAAAUGUCAUAGUGUUC